CUCAGAAGCAGCCGGAUCCCAGGAGCAGAGCCUGCAGACACGAGCUGUGUUUUCUGUCAAACUGCAGCGGACUGGAUAUCCCGUUUUAAAGUCGCUUUUCAUGAACAGAGCAGCUUCUCUGGACAUUUGUUCAAUCUUUCUUUGUCGCUUUUAUUUUUCUCAGUGUUGCUGUAAACUUCGUGGCUCUGCUUCGUGCUACAUUCAAGUAACCCCGGAAAUGACAAUGGCUGUGAAAUGUGAUGCGAAAGAGGAAUAACUCGCUGACACCCGAGCAUGACAGCACCGGCACUCCGCUGGACCCGGACCUGAAGCAGCGCCCCGGCAGGGGAGCUGGGGGGCCCGCAGAGGACGACCAGAACGGCCCGGGAGAGGAGGAGGACAUGGGGAAACCGUUCAAGAGGCUGGGUCUGGUGGCGAAGCUGAAGAGGACUUUACUCUGGCUGUUGGUGGUCUACAUUUCCAUCCCCUUCAUCAUCAAACUCUGUCCAUCCAUCCAGGCCAAACUCGUCUUCCUCAACUUUGUGAGGAUGCCCUACUUCAUCGACCUGAAGAGACCCCUGGACCAGGGACUGAACCACACACACAACUUCUACCUGGAGCCUGAGACUGGACUCAAGAUUGGAGUCUGGCACACAGUUCCUGCUCACAUGUGGAGAGAAGCUCAGGGGAAACAAGGAGACUGGUACAACUCCAUGUAUAGCUCCUCCCAUCCUGUUAUCCUCUAUCUCCAUGGAAACGCAGGGACCAGAGGAGGAGACCACAGAGUCCAGCUGUACAAGGUCCUCAGUUCAUUAGACUACCAUGUAGUCACGUUUGAUUACAGAGGAUGGGGGGAUUCAGAUGGCUCUCCAUCAGAGGGCGGUAUGACAUCAGAUGCUCUGUUCAUUUAUGAUUGGCUGAAACAUCGGCUGGACAACAAAACACCGCUUUACAUCUGGGGACACUCUCUGGGGACAGGAGCCGCCACCAACCUGGUCAGACGACUCUGUGACAGAGGGAGUCCUCCUGAUGCCCUGAUCCUAGAGUCUCCGUUCACCAACAUCAGAGAGGAGGCCAAGAGCCACCCCUUCGCUAUGGUGUACAGAUACCUGCCCGGCUUUGAUUGGUUCUUCCUGGACACGAUCACAGCCAGCAACAUCCACUUCGCCAGCGAUGAAAAUGUAAAUCAUAUCUCUUGUCCUGUGUUGAUCCUCCACGCUGAAGAUGACAGUGUGGUUCCUUUCCACCUGGGCAAAAAGCUGUACAACAUCGCCUCUCAGUCAAAGAGCCUCAGCGGUCACAAGGUUCAGUUUGUUCCUUUCCCGUCCUCUCUGGGUUACAAACACAAGUUCAUCUACAGGAGCCCGGAGCUGCCAAACAUCCUCAGUGACUUCCUCAGCACGGCUCAUCCACAGAGUGACGACUCAGCAUGAAAACAAACACACACUAACACACACUGACAUACACACACUGCUAUAGACCUCACACACACACACCUUCUUGUUUGUUUCUGGACUGAACAUUGUGGCAUGAACUGGACACAGAACACAUCAUUCCCCUCUCUGUGUCUCAUUCCUCUCACACCAACACUGGCACCACAGGGUUGAUUUUAAACAUGUCUGUUGGGUUUGAAGGCCUGUUACGACUUGAACUAUGAAUAAAAAUAUGUCUUCUUUUAUCAA